AUGAGUGGAAAUUCGGCAUACUUAAUUAUUUCGAGUAUUAAUAGUAAAAGUAACGGGGAGAGUGAGCAACAAGUAAUGGAAACAAUAGAAUUUAGUAGUGAAAAAGUUAAUACGCAGAGUGAAACUUAUGUUAUAAAACAAGUGCCUGAGAAGAGAGUGCGACAAGAUAGCGAGGAAAUUUUAGAUGAUAGUGACGAAAACUGUACUUACAAGAGUGCUCUAUAUAAAUAUCUUAAAGAGACACGGGCUGUGGUAAAUGUAUUACUACACAGGAGGGAGCACACUGGAGGAAACGUAAGAAACUCAAGCGAACAAGCAAGCGAUCUCGAUGAUAUACAACAGUAUUCAAAGCCGACUGUAGAACAAACAUCAAAACCCACAUUCAGAGAUAUUUUAAUGAAAGAUAAUCGCAAAUCCAAGAAAAAGGAUGAACAAAGUAAAGAUAAAACACAGAAUAAAAAUAGAAAACAUAAUAGGAAAGAUACAUCUGAAAACUCCAUGGAUUUUCAAGAGAAUAAUAUAGAAAAAAAUACAGGAACUGGAGAUAUGUACAACCGGAAUCCAUGGCAAAGAGAAAAAGAAAUAAAAGCACUUCAUUUUGAGAAAUACUAA